AUGCCCGAGGAGGACUGGACGGCGGUGUGGCGCGCGCAGCCGAGCGUUCGCGCCUACGUGGUGCUGGGCGAGUGCGACGGCGGACAGUCCGGGCUGCCGUGGGAGACGUGGGGUGUUCGGCCGUCAGAGUGCUUUGGCGCCGCCGACGCCGAUUUGCCGCCGCCGCCGUGGCUGGUGGGCCCCGAGCCCGCCGCCGACGCCGUGCCGCCCUUCCAGGCGGACGGCUGGGCGCGUCUCGGUGCGACGGAGCCCGCCGUCGCGGCGGUGACGCGAUGGAUGGUUGGGCAGGGCGACGAGGACGCGCCGCGGGGCAACUCCACCUGCGCGACCGUCUUCGUGCGUGGGUAA